AUGAGUUCAAUAUUAGUGAUGGAGCAGGAUGCUAAGCUGAACCUGUCUGAUUCAAAUAGAAAGGUGUUUGAGGUUAGUGAAAGUAGUAUGUCGGUGAUACCUUUGGGUGGUUCAAAUGCUCAAAAUUGUGAAAUCUCAACUGAAUUCAGGAAGUCAGAGAUGCAGCUUGAAAAUGAUGGCUCGAAGUCUCUUCACAUGGAUGCAAAGAUCAACUCGGCUUAUAUAAAUUAUCAGGUAUCUGAUGUCAAAUCUGAGUUAAGGGUUCAAGUAAUUUCUGAUUCUGUUUCUGCUGAAUCUGUCUCCAUUACUGAGAAAAAUGAAUUAAAGGUCGCCGUAGUUGCUAACGAUGUCAAAGUCCUAGAACAUAAGCCUGAAAUGGUGCAAUCAUUAUCCGGCUAUGUUGUCACUGAUGAUGGUGAUGAUUCCAUGGAAGAUGAUGUAUUGGAGAGUAAACAGAUGUAUUUUAGAUCUAAUUGUGAUGAAAUAAGAGAGAAAGGUGAUAAAGCUGAAAUUCCCACUAUGAAAGAGGAGGAUAUAUUGGAGAGUAAACUGAUGAAUUCUAAGUCUAACUUUGAUGAAAUGAAAAAGAGAGGUGAGAAACCUGAAAUGCAUGUUGUGAACGAGAAAGAUUAUGUUGAGGUUGCUGAUGAUGAUAAAAUAGUCGGGCCUUUAGUUUUCAAUGCUUGA